UGGUCUUGGACUUGGAGGAGGUUAGAGCCGUCCAGUUCUCUGCUUUUCCGCGGCGCCUUUCUCUGAUUUUUCUCAUAGCCACAGAUAGAGAAAAUAAAUACUUCUCGAAAGGAAACCCUUUGUUUCUCUCCAUUCUCUAGAUUAUUCCUCUUCUCGUUUCAAGCACAAACCAAAUCCCAAACCAAACCAGUGUUGGUUUGUGUAUGAAACUCUGCCAAUUUUCGAUUUUUAUCGAAAUUUCUAGGUACCAUUUUUUUAAAUCUACACAGGGUUUCUACCAAUUCCUUUGAUUUAGUGACUUUGGACUCAAAACUAAACACUUGACAACUUUGGUUUCUUGUGAAAAUGUUUGGGUUUAAGAAAUCACCAGCAAAAAUUGCUAAGCAAAACUCUGUAGACCCGGGAUUUCAAGCUCCUGCUGAUUCAGAAACUGAUAAGGACACUCAUAAGCCUGCAAGACGAACUUCUUCCGAACCGAUGCUUAUAACCCCGGAUUUUAGUAAAGAAAAGCCUGGUAAAAGAGGGUCUUCGCCUGCUUCCUACAAGAAUGAUUUUCUUGACUCGGGGGGGAUAGAGAACCAGAGUGUGCAAGAGUUGGAGAAAUAUGCUGUGUACAAGGCUGAGGAGACUACACAGAGUGUCAACAACUGCCUCAGGAUUGCUGAGAACAUCAGAGAGGAUGCUACAAAGACCCUUGACAUGUUGCAUGCGCAGGGUGAGCAAAUUACAAGGACCCACAUGGCGGCUGUCGAUAUAGAUAAGGAUUUGAGUCGGGGUGAGAAGCUUUUAAAUAAUCUCGGGGGUAUGUUCGCAAUGCCUUGGAAGGCAAAGAAGGGGAAGGAUAUUUCUGGGCCUGAUUUUUCAGCAGCUUCUGCACCCAAAAAGAGUGACCCCCAUCAGAGGGAAAAGUUGGGUUUAGCUCCUAUACCCAAAGGAAGGUCGGCUCCUGCGACAUCUCCUCCUGAUGGUUCAGGUGCCUUGCAGCAAGUUGAGUAUGAGAAGGCAAAGCAAGAUGAUGCUCUUUCAGACCUGAGUAAUAUUUUGGGUGAUUUGAAGGGUAUGGCUGUGGACAUGGGAAGUGAACUUGACAGGUCAAUAUCAUUCUUCUACUCUCUGCACAUUCUUCAUGACUGCAUCUAUAUCUCUACGUUGUUGUUAAGUAAUAUAUGGAAACUGCAGGCAAAACAAAACUAUCGAUCAUCUCUCUGACGACGUGGAUGAGCUUAACUCUCGAAUGAAAGGUGCCAACCAACGUACACGCCGUCUGCUUGGGAAG